UUACCGGUCGUGUCGGCGCCUUUCGUAUUCAUUCGGAUCAGAUCGGCUCACUUUUGGGACGUUCCAUUUGCUACUUGGAUUACACAGCGAUGGCGGAGGUAGACGUACUAGACGACACACGACUGGAGCAAGUGUUACAGGACAUCAGUAGUGAUGACAGGGCUACAAUGGUAGCUGGUGAAAUUAGGUCAAAAUUACAAUGCGUUAUGACGGACUUUGACUUUGUGGUGGACGCAUGGCCGGAUUAUAAAGCUUUAGUUAUCCGUCGCCCUGCACAUUUGCAGGGGAAAUUUGGAAAGGAUGCUAUGGUGUAUGCUAAAGAACCAGAAGCCUUGAGGGAGAUACUUCUGAAAAGGGGAGUCACGGAUUGGUUGGACGAAGUCAAUUUUAGAGGCUGUGAUUCAACAGUAAUGCCAGUUUUCUCCGACCUGUCGAAGCAACACAACAAAAAGCUCACCUGUACAGUUACUGGUGUCCUCCUAAGAGUCACCAAAGAAUCGCUGACACUCAGGCCAGUUCCGGAGGGGUUUACAGUGUCCAGCCUCCAGCCGCAUCAAUCGGAGAUGGCGGAUGCUAAUUGGAAGUUCAGGGGUGAAUAUUCCAAAAGUUACAUCAGAGAUAUGAUUGGAAAGAUGCCAUCGUGCUGCCUGUACGACAACGUGGGACACGUGGUGGGCUACGCCCUCACCUACCACUACGGCCUAUUGGGGAUGUUGCACGUGAAAGAGGAACACCGAGGAAAGGGGUACGCCAAGGUGAUCAUGUCUCACCUGGCGCACAAAUGUCUUCAGGAACAGGAGUAUGCUUCCGUGGUGGUUGAAAGCGACAACUAUAUGUCCAUGAAACUUCAUACAGAUAUAGGAUUUGUAGAAGUGCCCGACUUGAAACUGUGUUGGAUAACUUGCACAUAGUCAUGACGAUGACUUCCAAUAAACUAGGGCAGUCGGGUAGCCUAGUGGUUAAAGCGUUCGCUCGUCACGCCGAAAACCCGGGUUCGAUUCCCGACAUAGGUAUAAUGUGUGAAGCCCAUUUCUGGUGUCCCCCGCCGUGAUAUUGCUGGAAUAUUGCUAAAAGCGGCGUAAAACCAUACUCACUCACUCGCUCACUCCAAUAAACUAACAUCGGGGUUAAA